UUUCUCACAUCUCUCUCUCCUUUGACCACAGAUUCGCAGUUGGACCUCAUCUCUCGUAUAUCUCGUGAGAUCUUUCUCUUUCUCCUUAUCUUCUUCGAGCUUUUCUUCGUUAGAAUUCUGUGUUCGUCAAUACAAACACUGCUAUUAUGUGAUUGCAAAGUUGAACUAAUUGAUUGAGUUAUUUACUGAAAUGGCGGGGGGAGUUAUCAUCCGGCUUCUAAAGAGGAAACUACAGUCUCAAUCUACUGGGUUUUUGGCUUUAUCAUCUGAUACUGCCAAGAAAUUUCAUGAAGAUGUUGGAUCUGCUGGUGGUGUGAAGUCUUUAAGGGCAUUUGCGCUCCUUGGAGCUGGUGUUUCUGGGUUUUUGAGUUUUGCAACAAUAGCAUCUGCUGAUGAAGCUGAACAUGGCUUGGCAUGCCCAAACUAUCCUUGGCCCCAUAACGGCAUUCUCAGUUCUUACGACCAUGCUUCGAUCCGCCGUGGUCACCAGGUUUACCAGCAAGUGUGUGCAUCCUGCCAUUCUAUGUCACUAAUAUCAUACCGUGAUUUGGUAGGUGUUGCAUAUACAGAAGAGGAGACAAAGGCAAUGGCAGCUGAGAUUGAAGUGGAUGAUGGGCCCAAUGAUGAGGGUGAGAUGUUCACCCGUCCUGGUAAACUCAGUGAUCGUUUUCCUCAGCCAUAUGCCAAUGAACAGGCUGCUAGGUUUGCCAAUGGAGGGGCAUAUCCUCCAGAUUUAAGUCUUAUUACCAAAGCUCGUCACAAUGGUCAGAAUUAUGUGUUUGCUCUUUUAACUGGUUACCAUGAUCCUCCUGCUGGUGUUUCAAUCCGGGAAGGAUUGCACUAUAAUCCUUACUUCCCUGGAGGAGCAAUUGCUAUGCCGAAAAUGCUUAUUGAUGAUGCCAUUGAGUAUGAAGAUGGUACCCCUGCGACAGAAUCUCAGAUGGGAAAAGAUGUUGUGUCGUUUUUAUCAUGGGCAGCAGAACCAGAAAUGGAAGAGAGGAAGCUGAUGGGUUUUAAAUGGAUAUUUGUACUGUCAUUGGCAUUGCUUCAAGCUGCAUAUUACCGGCGUUUGAGGUGGUCAGUUCUCAAGUCUCGCAAGCUGGUCCUGGAUGUUAUCAACUAGUUUCUCUUACUUUUUCGCCUCUGUGAGGACUUGAAUUAGAAACGAUUGCUUUAUCAGAUGAUCUACGUUUCUGCCAUGUCAAACUGGUGGAUCAAUUAUUAUUUAGCAGUGAGAGUGACAUGAAGAAAUCUUUUUCUCUUUUUCAAGUUGAGGAAGAAAUAAGCUACUCCAUAUACACAAUGUAUAUUAUUCUGUAUUUCGUUGACUCAAUUACAUUUUCGCUACUCUGUAGUUUGUUUCUUGAUUAGCAAAUGUAAUCACUGAAACCAAAAGGGAAAAAAUGGUCAAUGUCAAUGUACCUGAGUUGGGAGAAAUGUAUUUUGAUAUUAUUCUGGGUGUCAUGCCACUCUUGGGGGCAGAUUACAUUUUAAUCCAUUGAUGAAUUAGUCUCUGA